UCUUCCACUUCCGGGUCCGCCAUUUUGUCUCCCUCCCUCCCGAGCAGAGGGGGGGCAGUUAAAAGCAGGGAACCCCAGUGACCACCCCCCCCACCCCGGCCCGUGGGACGCCCACGCUGGCGCCGCCGGGGGCCGCCUCCGCCUCGCAGGGCUUUCUGAAAAUAUUUGUUCCCAUGUAUAAAGAUGUCGUUAGUGGACCUCGGAAAGAGGUUGCUAGAAGCAGCUCGCAAAGGCCAAGAUGAUGAAGUUAGAACGCUAAUGGCAAGUGGUGCUCCUUUCACCACUGACUGGCUCGGGACAUCACCUCUUCAUCUUGCAGCCCAGUAUGGCCAUUAUUCAACAGCAGAAGUGCUGCUUCGAGCCGGUGUUAGCAGAGAUGCUCGAACCAAAGUGGACAGGACACCAUUGCAUAUGGCUGCAUCUGAUGGACAUACACAUAUUGUAGAACUGCUAAUUAGGAAUGGUGCUGAUGUAAAUGCCAAGGACAUGCUGAAGAUGACUGCCUUGCACUGGGCAACAGAACACAACCAUCGUGAUGUUGUAGAGUUGCUCAUAAAGUAUGGAGCUGAUGUUCAUGCUUUCAGCAAGUUUGAUAAAUCAGCCUUUGAUAUAGCCCUGGACAAGAAUAAUGCAGAGACUCUGGUAAUGCUGCAGGAAGCAAUGCAGAAUCAGGUGAACAUGAAUCCAGAGAGAUCAAAUCCUGUCACAAAUACAGUGACUGUUGCCUCACCAUUUAUCCUUGCAUCAGGGGAAGUUCUCAAUCUUGCUAGUUUUGUUUCUUCAGCAAACACCAAAACAACCUCAGGUGAUUCCCGUGUAUCUACAGUGCAGUUUUCAAACUCAACAACCUCUGUGCUUGCCACACUUGCAGCCCUCGCUGAAGCAUCAGCUCCUCUUUCCAAUUCAAACAGACCUACAGCUAACACAGAGGAAAUAGUGGAAGCAAAUUCUGUGGAUUCUGCAAUACAGCAGGUGGUUGGCAGUGGCGGUCAACGAGUCAUUACGAUAGUAACAGACGGCGUUCCACUAGGCAGUCUCCAAACAGCCAUUCCUACUAGUGGUAUCAGCCAGCCGUUUAUAGUGACCAUGCAAGAUGGACAGCAAGUUUUAACUGUACCUGCUGGUCAGGUUGCAGAAGAGACUGUUAUUGAAGAAGAAGAUGAUGAUGAUGUAGAAGAGGAAGAACAUCCACCAGCAAAGAAGCAAAAAGUUGACCAAAAUGUAAAUGAUUUGGAGGAAAACCAGGACGAUAAUGAAAGGGAAAUGUUACAGCAGCAGUUGCACGAGGCAAACAGAAAGGCACAAGAAUAUCGAAGCCAGCUAAUGAAGAAAGAACAAGAAGCAGAGCAAUACCGGCUAAAGCUUGAAGCCAUGGCAAGACAGCAGCCCAAUGGUGCUGAGCUUACAGUGGUUGAAGAGGUUGCUGAGGUGGAUGCAGUUGUGGUAUCGUCCGAGGAAAUGGAAGAGUCUGCAGCCACUGUGGUGGAAACAGAGCAACCUACUGACAUUGCUGUGGAAACUGUAACGGCGUAACCUGCAGGUUACCAACUCCGUUUUUAAAGGAAAAACAUUAUUUUAAAGGAGAUGCUGUUGACAAGCAACAUUGUGAGCUAACUGGUCUAUUGAAGACCCUCCAUGCAACUGGAAUAUUGAAGAACUGAACUGCUUGUGUGGUUCCAUUCAGAGGGAUAAAAAUCUCUCCUGCAGCUCAUAACAUUAAUUUGCUUUGAACACAAAGCCAAAGGUGCUUUUAUAGUUUGAUGUUGAGAGAAAGGUAUUUCAAAAAGUACCCUAAUAAAUUUAGCCAGCAAGUGACCAACAAGCUUAUUUUGUAACAUAGACCUAUAAUGUAGGAGGGAGAAGGGUGAGUGGGGAAAGAAGUACCUCAUUGCCAAAGUGGCUGGUAAUAGCGCUCAGCUGCCCUGAAUUUUUACUGCACUGAAAACAAAUUUUAUGCAAUGACAUAUUUGCACCCUUGUGUGUAGUUAUCAGAUUGGAAACCAUGAUCUGGAGUCUCACAAACAGUCUGUUUAGGGGUAUAAACUUUUCAUUAAAAAGCUGGCUUUUAUUGGAAAGCAAACGUCGUUUCUGAAAUAAAACACUAUUGCCAAUAUCUUCCAAAGCCCUUUGAGAGAAGGUGGAAAAUGGAUUGGUCUUUGUAGAUGAUAACGUUUGUUUCAAAAAUGAAUCCAAAAUACAGCACUCCUACAAGAACAAAGCACAGGCUAAGUUUGCAUGAGCUCUUUAGCAUUUAAGCAAUUUGAGAUAUCAGGGAAUAUUAAAACUGCCUUUUUUGGUCUGUUUUUUGAAAGCGCUAUCUACAUCUGAACCCUUGACUACCUAAAGGGAUACCAGGUAAAAAUUAGACCCUUCAGUUUUAUGAAACUCGGUCAAGUUUUCUUUUUAGCAUUUUUGUGCUAUUCAGUGGCACCAACUGUUUAUAUAUGCAAAAUAAAAUGUCUGUGAAGUUGUGUUAUAAGACAGUCUGGGAGGUUGAUAUGUUUCUGUUUGGAAGUGGGUAGGCAUCUCACAGCUUCACUAAUCAAAACUGUCCAUUCUAAAUGUACUAAAAAAAAAUUUUAAACAAGUGACUGAUCUUAGUAUUAAAUGCUUAUGGGUGUUUUUUCUUUACUAUUUGCUUGCAGACCCAUAGAGUAAAGAAGUUACCUAUAUGUGUUGCCUAUUGCAGCCUGGGAGAUUGUAUUUUAAAGUGAGAGACGUGUAUCACAUGCAGAACUGUCUGUCUUUUCUGUUACAAGACUGAAGCAAAAUUAUUGGAAGUGCUAUGAUUAACUGUGGGAACUAUUGUUUACAGUGUGGUAGUCUUAAUUAAUCACGAGUAAAGCAAUUUAAAUUGAGGAAAAACUUCACAAGAAUGUAGCCUGACCAGUUUGCUGCAGAGUUUAGAAAGUAUUAAAUCACUUCUAGCUUGAAAAACUGAUACUGCUUUCUUGACAAGUUUUGAAAAAAAUCUGUCUUGCCUUUCCAAGGCAAGUAUUGUUAAAUUCAUGGCUUCAGUUUGCAUAAUGCAGUCUCUCCUGCUUAAGUUCUGUUUGAGGAUUGGCAAUAUUCAUAGUGGUUGUUCAAUUUCAUGGUUGCAAAGGUUUGUCUUGUAUUGUUGUUUCCAGCAGUGUGUGUCCAGAUAAUGUGGUUUUGUGUUGAUACAGAUACCUCUUUCAUUAUAUUUCUUUUCUAGCAGACAUGCCCAUGUUAGGACAUGGGAGAUGAAUCGUGCAGAGACUUGUUUUAGUCCACAAAGAUAUUAACUUCUGGAGUCCUAACGUAAUCCUGGGCAUGGUCAUAGGUGAAAAUGAAUUGGCCUCUGUGUAGGGGAGACUGGUUCACAUCAGAAAAGCCUGGCUCAAGUUCAUAGGAUAGUGAUUGCUCAAGAGUGGCUUUGAAUUGAUAGCAAUGACAUUGCAGGUCAUGUCCUGGGAGGAGCAGUGGAGGCCUAUUUGAAUCAGGUUUUGCUCUGUAUGAUGCUGUUAGCCUCUCACAUUAAUGAGCAUGAGAUUGGCAUACAUUUUUUAAAAUGUAACUUCAGCCUGUCUUUGCAGCUUGAAUUCUAUAUCUAUUCUAAAGCAUUUGUAUUUAAGCAUUUGAUCCGUUUCCUGUUCAAAGUGAAUUGCCUCUGUUCACUCAAGAAAUGGGAAAGAUUGAAGCACCUCACAUAAAUUAUUUUUGACAUGCAUUUUGGCCUAACAGUUCUCCAUCUAUAGAUAUUGUACCAAAUUCUACCAUUACAUCCAUGCACCCUCAUUGUCUCCGCUUGGAUUGAAUGGUUGAAAUGGAGCAGAAUUUGGUAUACAUCCACACUGCAGAGUACAUAUGUAAGUUGUAUUUAUUCUGUACAUAUGCUUACAGUGCAAAGCUUCUUAGGUAGUACACUGUGCCUUUAGAAAUGAAGGAAGAACUAUCCAUUGUAAUGAUGGAUUAAUAUAAAUCAAAUAGUUUUAAUUUGAUAGUCUUAUUAGAAAAAGAAUGAUGACCUCUGAACAGAGAUGCUUUUCUCUUAAUCAGGAAACAUUGUUUAGUUUUAAUUUGAAAGAAAGAAUUGUAGAAGCUAGGUCUCUUCCAACUCUGUUUGGUUAACAGUCCAUAUCCCUAUCAAUACAGGACUACUACAUUUUCUGAGGUUUUGCUCAGUCUAGUGUUAAGUGGCACAAAACUGGGGUAUCUACCAGUUAGGCUUUGGAAUAAUUUCCUUGUUGAUUUCACGGUCUGGAGGUUUUUUCUCCUUGUCUGGAUGGACUUUUUAGGGAUGGUUUAUUUUGUCUAGCGCCCUAUCUUCCCCCAAAGUGAGUGUUGGUUGCUGGAGUCACGAAUCGGUAACUAGGGGAUCUUACACCGUCACUCUGAUCAAAUCUUUGUGCAGUUUCAGUGGAAGCUGAGAGAGGGACUUUCUCUUCUUGUUAGUAGAAGAUGAGAGUCAAACUCUCCUAUGUAAAUUUUCCUCUAUUUAGUUCUUGUGGAUAGAAGGUAACAGUGAAGAGGCCCAGACUUUUAGAAUCGAGCAUACGGCUUUGGACAGCAACUUCAGAAUGAGAAACAAAAAGGGCCAGAUUUCUUUGAUAAAGCCAAUCACUGCUAAAAUAUCAUUCUAUGAAUCUUGGUAGUGUCUAGAUUCCUCAGUUGGGAUUGAGGACAUGUUGUAAUAGGCUCUGUACAAAUGCACAGAAUGCAGUGCCUACCCCAACUAGUGACCUAAGAAAGGACAAGCCAAGCAAAGGCUGGUCAGCGAUAUAAACCCAGUUAAAAUAGCUGUUGAAAUGAAUUGAAAUGUUGCAAUAAGUUGCAUUUCACCAAACUUCGAAGAGUCUCCUUGGUAACAAUUAAGAAUCAAAAAGCAAGGUUCAGGAAAACAUGCUGUCAGUCCUCUUGCGGCUGGAUUGGGAAUAAGAAAGAAGCUGGUUUAUAAAAUGGAAAGGGGGGGGGUGUGAGCCAAAGUCAUGAACAGUUUGUUGGAAAGAGUUUAAUAACCUGUAAUCUUAUGGACACUUGCUAUUUGCAGAACAUACAGGUAAGAGUGUAAUCUGCCAUACUGCAGAAAGACACCAUAGCAGCAGUGUCAGUAAUGGAACUCAGCACACUGUGAAUUCAGUGCAGUCUUGACUCUCAAUUAUAUAUCCAUUCAAAGGCAAUAACCUAUAAGGAGGGUGGUUGCACCACUUGUGCAUAUACCCAAAGUAGGAAGUGUGUCCCAUAUUCCACUUUCUUUUAACAUAGUGGGCCAGAGUCACCCCUGCUAUAACCCCCCUAAAAUCAAUGGAGUUACCAAGGUGAAUUUGGCUGUUUUCCUCACUUAUUGUAGUGCAAUUAAAACUUAACAGUCCAUACAUUUCAGAAAUAUUUCCUGGAGGGGGGUUUCUUCUUUUUUUUUAGGUGACUAAAUGCUACCCUAAAGGAAAAGAAUCCCAGAAUGGAAACACCACAUUUAGCAAUUUAAUGGGUCUGUGAAAUUAAGAUAUGCCCUGGCAGUCCAGUCCAAGCAGAAAUUGUGUGGUGUGGUUUUUCUUGUUUAAAACAGCUGGCUAAGUUUUAACAGUAUUUUAUUGGUGGUUUUCACUAACUGCUUUAGGAAAGACUUAUGAAACUACUUUCUUUGUAUUGUAAAAUCUACCAUGGGACUUACUGGUUUUAUGUAUCAAAGUGCAUUUAUUUAUAAGCAGUGUAACUAUUUAUAAAAAGACUUUAUAUCUUUUCCAAAAGAUGUUUUGAGGAAGGCUUUAAUAAUGGAUUUUUAAAAUUAAUGAUAGUUUGGAAAAACAGGACUCUUACUUAUUUUACAUUUUCACUAUAUACUUCAAUACUAUAAAAAAGAACCAGUGUUUCCUCUGAAUUGAGAAAUACAUUUAUUUCCUUUGCUUUGUUUUCUGUACAUGUUACAAUUGUCUGAGCUGAAAUUCUUUAUUGUACACUGUGAAAUUGCACCACCAGGGUAAUCCAGAGAGAGAUUGAUUUAACAAAACGUUUACACAUUUAAAGGGACUCUGUCAAGUUUAAAAUUACAUUUGCCUGAAAAUUGUGCCUACUGUAGUUAAUUGCAAGACCUAAGAUUACAAUAACUGAAAAGCUAGCAAAAGAAGUCUGCAUUUGACAGCACUUUGUGUAUAGUCAUUUUAACUGUUUCCCCUAUGUUGUCUCAAUUUUGCUUAAAAGACUCUUCUACUGGGAAACAGAUAUCUCUCUCUCCUCCCUCUCCCCCCCCCCCAAAAAAUGUCUGAAUAUACUGUUUAAAGGGGCUGGGAUUUAAAAAUGAGUCAAUUUUUUUUAAAAGAAAAAAAGCACAGUAUUUUAAUUUUGUAUGGUGUGAAAAAUUCACCAUUUUGUGUGUUUAUUUUAGAAGUUUUCACGCACCAUGUCUGAAUUAAGACUGCAGCACAUGAUAGAUGUCCAGCAUUCGAAAAGACAAUUUCCAACUUUUGUAUGCCCUCAUCCAUGGCAGUUAUAUGAUGAAUGCUGGCUUUUGAACAUAGAGGCAGUGCUAUAUUCUGGUUAACACAAGGCUAGGUGAGGCUACAUAGCUAUUUUAUGGGCUGUUCUUAAAUAAGGGACAAGGAAAAAUGUAGAGAUUUGUCUUAAACCCAGAUCCUGCCAACCCUUAUGCAUAUGAGCAAUGUUCUGCAUGUGAAUAGUCCCAUUGAAAUUAUGCCUAGGUGUUUGCAGGAUCAAGGCCUGCAUUAGCUCAUCUCCUCCAAACCCUACAGAUUUUUAAUUGAGCAAUGACAAGGAUUACAAAAAGUUUAAAAGCCUAAAAUAAGCCCUUCAUCUUAACCUGUGUGCAGAAAGGGAGUUGUCUGUACAUAGCACUUAUUUAAAAAAAGAACAUAAUCCUCCCACACACCCUGCUUGAAUUUCCAACUCAAGAGACCAAUUUACAAGUUCUGUUUUAUUUUGGGAUUUGCAUUUCUGAGUGGGAGAGGCGGGAGAGAUUUGACUGGUUUCAAAUGAACAUUAUUCAAAAGUGUUAUUUUUAACUUGGUUUCUCCUUUUUUUUAUAUUAAGAUUUUUUUUUUUUAGGUGACUAAAUGCUACCCUAAAGGAAAAGAAUCCCAGAAUGGAAACACCACAUUUAGCAAUUUAAUGGGUCUGCACACACAGUCAUUACUCAGAUAAAACUCUUUGAAAUCCAUGAGAUUUGCCUGAGUCCUGACUGUAGGGAUUAGGUUUCCACCUGCAAUCUAGUUAAAUUCACAUCCAUUUAGCAUGUUUCUCAUAUGAGGUGAACAUGAUCUGGUUGUAAUUGGGAGAUAAGUUGAAUUGUGCCCAUGUCUAUUUCUACAUCAGUGGUUCCAUUAUUCUAAACUGUGACUUAAACUUUGCAAAACUUCUCCAGAGGAGAGGAAAAGGUCAUUAAUCAGGUCUUAUAAACGUUAACCAAACUGUUAGAUUCCUUUAGCUUUUAAAUAAUAAAUGCCCACCCAAAAAGCUCUUGUGUGUUCUGAUGGGAAAUUUCCAUAGGAGAGUAACUAACGCCAUUCUAGUAUAAUUCUCCUGUGUGGGCACAUUUUUAUUGUAGAAUAGUGUCCUCGCAGGGAGUUACACUAGCCCGGUUAUUCCACUGCAGCUAUGCUGGGAAACUUCCCCAUGUUGACAAGGUCUUAGGUUACGUCUUCACUGCAGUAAAAGAUCCACUGCAUGGCUGUGGCUGGCCCAGAUCAGCUGACUUGGGCUCGGGCUCCCCCUGAACCCAAAUGUCUACACUGCAAUUUUUAGCCCUGCAGCAAAUCCUGUGAGCCUGAGUCAAUUGACCCAGGCUCUGAGACUUGGUGCUGUGGGUUUUUAUUGCAGUGUAGACCUACCUUCAGUCACUUAACAAAGACCUCUUGGAGUUUUCCUUUACUCUGCCACCUGCACGAUCUGACCAGUGUUCCCUGGCUUAUCUUGAGGCUUGCAGUUCUCUGGAGAGAAAUGCUCAGGUUCUGCAACCUUACCCAUAUCAGAUCAGAAUCCCUAACAUCCUAGGGGUUGUGUGUAUAUUUAUUAUCAUUAUGGCAGAAUCCUAUUUGCCACUUCAUUACAAAAACUCCAUUACAAAUCCAAUUAGCACUGUGAUUAAGCAUUUAAGUGCCCAGAAUUGUAAAAGAUUCUUAAUAGCUUUAUGUACAGGAUGCCUUUAGAAAGCUUAAGUAUUCUUUUUAUAUUUAGAAUGUUUUCAAAUGUUAAAUUUAAAUGUGUUUAUAUACAUUUUUGUACUAUGUUUCCUAAUAAAAUGCCAGUCAUGUA